UUCUUCUUUCAUCCAGCAUACCGAGUACCGUAUCUCAAUGGCACCAUUCCACGACGCACUGAAAGUCACAUAUCACAGGACCAUUCACACAGAACGCGACGAUGUACACGUCUAUUCCGGAGUUAUCGACAGUGAAUGGGUACCAAAUGGAGGAUAUGUUCUAGGACUUAUCCUACAAGCGUGUAUUCAACGUCAGGCAGGAAUGGCGCAUCGAGAUCCUAUCCACAUAACUGCCCACUUCUUACGCACGACUUCAAUACAGCCUUUUGAAGUCCAUAUCAGGCAGUUUAGAGAAGGGAAAACGUUCACUAAUCUUGGCGCUGAACUGCUCCAAGACAAUAUCACCAGAGUCUCAACUCACCAGAUGUUCGGCGUUCUAUCUCCAACCACCUCGUCAGGUUCAUUAUUGACAAUCACCCCACCUUCAACAUACGCUCGCCGACUUCCUCUCUACCAACACCCUUCCAACGCCCCUUUAACCUCGCUACGUACCCCAUACCAGUUUGCAUCUCGGCUGAAAGCAACCAGAGAACCGGAGAUUGUAGCCAAGAACGCUCUCGAUGGCUCGAACCGGACGAGCGAAACUUCUAUCGGUGGCCCCGGUUUGGAAUGGGGACAGUGGUUAACGUUUAAACAUGAACAGGACACGUUAACGCCACCUUCGAUAGCAUUUUUGGCGGACAUGUUUCGAAGUCCACCUUCGCUAUUGCCGAAAAGCGAGCGGUUGGGCUUGCCUAGCGUUGCCUGGUUCCCGACUCUGAUAAUGACCUUGGAAUUCAAGUUUCCUAUCCCACCUCAAUCUUCUCAGCGAACUGCAGGACUCUAUACCAACUGCAGAUUCAUUAAUGACCCUGCGGGUCGACAUGAUGUUUACGUCGAAGUGUGGUCAGCUCCAUGCAAUGUUGGUGAAGGCAAGAAAGAACACGGAUGGAGGGAGAAGCAGGUUUGUAUUGCGGUAUCUACCCAAACUGCUGUGAUUGUGCCGAUGCAAAAUAAUACAGCAAAGGCAAAGGAAGGGGAUAGAGGUCCGAAAUUGUGAUGUACAGGUUACACUGCUGAUUGUACUACAGUCAUUUCUGGGAUAAAUGCAACGAGACCAACACAUUGUUUUCAUGA